AGCUUACUCUCAGGGGAAGCGGCUGAAUUGGACUGGGACUCGUUGUUCCGAAUCAGUAACAUUUGAGAUGACUUUAGAACAAAAUCAGGCGAUGGGACAGUCUAUGAAAGCGCCUAAGAUUUAUGUGGAAAGAACUCUCGCUAUAAUAAAACCAGAUGUCCUUCAUAAAGCAGAAGAAAUUGAGGAUAUCAUACUCCGGUGUGGGUUCCACAUUGUUCAGAAGAGAAAAGUGCAUCUCAGCCCUGAGCAAUGCAGCGACUUCUACUCAGACCAGUAUGGAAAGAUGUUUUUUCCAAGUUUGACUGCCUAUAUGAGCUCAGGCCCAAUAAUCGCAAUGACAUUGGCAAGAUAUAAUGCCAUCUCCUACUGGAAGGAAUUAAUCGGACCAACAAACAGCUUGAAAGCAAAGGAGACACAUCCUGAGAGUUUAAGGGCAAUAUAUGGGACUGAUGACCUCCGGAAUGCCCUUCAUGGAAGUUACUGCUUUACAUCUGCUGAGAGAGAAAUUCGAUUUAUGUUUCCUGAAGCUCUUAUUGAACCUGUGCCUAUUGGGCAAGCCGCAAACACUUAUUUAAAUUUAUUUGUCAAUUCAACAUUGAUUGCUGGGCUCACAGAACUUUGCAAACAAAAACCAACUGAUCCAUAUAUAUGGCUUGCUGAUUGGCUUCUCAAGCAUAAUCCCAACAAACCAGCUGUGGAAGACUGUUAUUUUGUUGAAGAACCUACUGCAUCAUAAUUGUUUUGCAUUAAGCUUUAAAGCUUAACAGUCAGUGUUGCAAGGAGCAAUGGAUCUCUCUGUAAUACAGCCAACGUUUGUUACAUUUUUAAUGUAUUUUUCUGCAUAAGUUGUUGAAAAACAAUAUGUAACUGUAAUUGGGUGUGGUUUGACCUUUAUAUGCAUAAUAAGAGUUUUUCAUUAAAUGUACUAAAUAAAAUGUUUAAGUGCUGCA